UCCCGGUCGGACCGUGUCGUCCCUUCGCGAACACAUCGCCAACUUCUCGGAAAAACCGGACAAUGGGAGUAAAUCGGAACGCUCCGGCUGAUGGCUCUGCGUAGCAUGUGAAGUGAUACGUCGAGCCAGGCCCGGACUGAGGUCGCACGCGGCCGGUACAGUGGGACCCACCUGGAGGAUUAACGUGUUGAUUCUUUCAGGGUGCAGACGAAAUGGAGGCGAGAUAAAGUCGGGAGAUGUAACCCGAGGAGAUUGUCACUUCUGAUAUAUUCCGAGGCAGUCGCAGAAACAACGAUGGCGGUUAUAGUGGGCCGCGUGAGGUACCUGCGCACUGGCGCCGUGGUGCUGGUGGUGGCGGGCGGCGCGUCGGCCCGCGUCGCCGGCAAGAUGGGCGGCUACUCCAACAAGAUGGGAGGAAAAUCCACGAGUGGCAUCAACGAGGAGAUAAUCUGGAUCAGCAUAAGCAUGGCGAUUGCGAUAGCGGUGCUCAUAGCCAUCGCGCUCUGCUACAUCUUGAAGGAGAAGUGCUCAAAGAGGCAGGCGUACCGGGAGCAGUCAUGACGAUACAAGGAGGAGUUCGCGAAGCACGCUCUCGCGGACUCCCUCUCGGACUUGGACUUUCCAGCGUACACACUCUACCCACAAUACUCCCCAGACGGCAAGGAGUACUACUACAAUUUUCACCGAUUCUCAUAUUUAAGAGACAGUUUCAAACUACCUAAGGAUUACCCAGUAAAAACGAAACAAGAGAUUUAUAUCAACGCGUGAUGAGCUAAAAUAACUCGCCCAAAACGUGAAACGUAUAUUCGACUGAAAGGUAUUCAGUGAUAGCGUAGAAUACCUAUUAUGUAAAUGGAACCGGGUCCAUUUAAAACAGAAAACAAUACUUACACGACCAUUUUCUGGAUCAUGUUUCAAGUUUAAGCUAUAUGGACUUAUGUAUUUUUAAUUA